CUUAUAUUCCACCGACCGGGGUGGUUUUCUUCUUCCCUUACCUUUUUCUCCCACUUCGGCGCUUCCACCAGGCGUUAUGUUAUUUCUUUCGUUGGCUUGAUGGGUAACGCAGCAGCAUGUGGAGACGUUCUUCAGCUGAGACUAUCUAAAGUCUCAUCCCUAAUUCCUGCCAUCUUCUGGUCGUCAUCUACCACAUCUCCCCUAUUAUUUUCUUUGUCGCUUAUAGUCAACCUUUCUUUACACGCAACACGCAACACGAUUUUCACAUGUAGAUUUCAAGGCGUGUACUACUUGGCCCGUAUAAUAUACGUUUCUCGAACACGCUUCUGCUCUCGUACCCUUACUCUGUUUUUGUGGUGUAUGAGGGUGGGCUUGCGCAUGAAGCCUCCAGAGGUUAAGGCUGUAAGUUACCUUUCAGGAUGGGGUUCUGGGAAGGCUUUAGGGUAUGUGCAAGGGGACAUGCCGUAAGGUAGGUAGCCUCGGCUACGAUGUUCUAUAAGCAGGGACUACAGUGUUCGCAACACUUCCACAUGAAUAAUCGCUGAUCGUUCGAUUAGGUGUGGCAUCUUGGAAGAUAUCAAGUCAAACAUAAAUUUCUCUGGAGAGAAAAGGGUCACACCAAAGCCCGCUUUCGUCACUUUAUAAGAAUAAUAAUGUGUGAUUGGCCUCGGUUGGGUAUCAUA